GUGUGUGUGUGUGUGUGUGUGUGUGUGUGUGUGAGUGUUUGCUCGCUUGGUCAUGCCUGGAACAGUUUUCUCUGAAGCUCUGGAAAGCUGCUAUUUAUACAUGUGCAGCGGCCAUUGACGGAAGUGGUGAUGAAUUUCAGUAUAGCUGGAUAAACCGUGACCUCCACGGAGGCGGUAAUUAGGCCUAUCAUUUGCCCAACAGCCGCCACUAUAAACAAAUAUCAAUUAGGUUUCCAGAGAAGGGCAGGUUUCUCAUUUUUCAGCAGUUCCAGUUGGGCGGGAAAGUUUCCUGAAACACAAAAUGUGAGCAGUUUUUAAUCCACAGAACAUCAGAGGGACGUGCACAACGUUAAAUAAAAACAGCACUGAUCAGAAUAAAACACACCAGUGAGUAAUAUUGGCUACACCUUUUGGAGAGGGUGUAUUACCCAAAAGCGUGUCCCUUUGCCUCCUCCCUCCCUGCAUCAAAAAUGUGAAAGCUCAGCGCGCAAGGGAAAGAGAAGGAGGCAGGGCAGAGGGAGCAAAACGGAGAUUUUCUCCAUCAAUUUUCUGUUUAAUGUCAGCGCUCCGCUCCACCUUGGGAGCGGGAGGACACGUCACUCUAGACAUAAACGUGUUAUAAUACAGCUUCACGGAGACCAGAGGAUCCUGCUGCUGCUCGGGGGAAGUCCCUCGGUGAAUGAAUUCAGCGAGGAUUUGUGCAAGAAGAGCAGAGCGCCGUUUAGGUCCGUUUGGAUGCGCCUGAAGCAGGAUUCUUUUCUCCAAGUGACUCCACGACAUGACGGGGACUCCGUUUCUACCCCGCAAAGCCAAAACUGCGCUCAGAACAAGGGGAGCGCGAAGUUCAUAAAAAGGGAUUAUUAUUAUUUGCAUCUGGAUGCCUGAAACCUUCGGUGCCUCCGGAUUUAUAUGAUUUUCUUUUAAUUUUUCUCCUACUUUGGAUUUUUUUGGGAUUUAUCGGUUCUCGCCGUGAUGGAAAGCCGCGACUUCGCUCCGCCGCACCACCUCCUGACUGAGCGGAGCGCUCUGGUUCACAGCGCCGCGUCUCGGAUGGCGCCAGGCGGCCACGGCUCCGUCCAGCACCCGGCACACUUCCAGCCCGGGAAAUAUUACUCAUCCCACCUCUCCAUGGGUCCGCACUCAGGUGCUUCCUUCAUGGGCUCCUUCCUGGCUCGAAGCCUGGGGUCCUCAUCCUCCCACCCUCCUCACCCCUCCGGACCUGCCGCCUCCCCCUCCUCCCCCUCCUACAGGGCUGGAACCCAUUCAAGCUCUUCCCCUAUCUGGUUCCCCCACUCACAUGAAGGGUACCCUGGCUAUUCAGGAAGUCUUGCUUCUCCUUUUAUCCCCAUGAGUCCUCUGGAUCACCAUAGCAACAGUCUCUAUGGACAGCACCGCUUCUAUGAAGCUCAGAAAGAUCACUUCUACCUAAGAGGCCUUCCUCCUCAGUCCCCUCUGCUCUCCACCAAUCACAGCCUCCCUCCACUCUCCAGGACCGCCCCAGGCCACCCACUUGGCCCUUGCAGCAGAGAGACGGACAGCGGGGGAGGAGGUGGCAAGAGCACCAAGGAUUUGGGCGAUAAAGGGGUUGCAGCAAAAGAGAAGGAGCGAUCCAGCAGCAGGGAGCGGCACCAGGAUGGCAAAGACAAACAGCUGUAUCAUCACCACCCCCAUCAGAACAACGCUGCCACUACUCCGUCUGGCCUCCAGCACCAGGCUUACCACCACCCUCACCAUGCCCUUCUUCCUCAUCUCACACUCCAGGGUCGGGAGGAGGACCACAGACACCCUCUGGACAGACACAAAGAUUACAAAGACAGCGACUCUGGUAGUCAGGGAGCAAAACAUAUGAGUGCCUGUAGACUGUCCAGUGGAACAGGGUCAGAGGCUGCCUGCGGAGGAAAGGGGGGGACAUUAAGUAGUUGUAGCGGUGGUGGGGGGGGCAGACUCGCCUCUGGAAGCAGCAGGCAAGCCUCAAAAGAUGGACACAUAAAUGGGGAAAUGAGAAUCAGCGAAUCCUCAAAUUCCCCUUCUGAAUGUAUGCGACGAGGUGCCGUGGCAGUGACUGCAUUCUUGGCACCCCCAACAUCUCACUCUGUUGCUUCUUACGCCAUGCCUCCACCUCCCGCUCCACCACCCCCUCACGCCUUACACAUAGGUUCAGCAGUGACUGGAGGCUGGCUACACCCUUCAAAUCACCACCCACAUUCUGAGUUUUACUGUCCCCCUCCUCCUCCACUAACACUUACACCCUCCAAAGAUCCCACGUCCAGCCCUGGAGGGCCCAGCAGGGAGGCGAAGGUUACUGGCCCAAACUAUGUGCCCUCGGUUGGGCCACAAGGCGACUUGACCACCCCUGAUUGUCGUGGAGCAGGAGGGGGUGGCAGAAAAGCAGAGGAUAAGAGUAUGGAGAAAUCUUAUGAAAAUCCCCCUUAUCACCACAGCCGCCUUAGUAGCUGCCAGAGGAAAGACAGGUCUCAACCACACCAACAGCAGAUGGGAUAUGGCAAAGCUGACAAACCCCCAGACUGGAGCCAACAGGUGCAUCACUACCAAAAGCCUGGCUCCAGCGUGGGCUCCCAACCCGAACUCCAGUCCUGUAGCCUAGACACAUCUUCAUCAUUCAGAGAUGUUGAAGGUUUGGGUGAGAUUUAUCGCCCCUCACUUCCACCAGACAGCCAUGAAGGCCACUCUAGACAGGGCAUGCCCAACAUUGCUCCGGAUACCAACGCUUCUUCGUUUAGGGACUGUUCUCUAUCUGGUUCAGAUGAAAAGAUGGGACUGGGGUCAACAACUCUGAGGGAAGGACAAAAGGUUGCAAGAAUACGACACCAACAGCACAGCAGUCAGACGACAUGUGGAGAUGACAGGGGAAGAGAUGGAAAUCAGACAGCAUCUUCAUGGGGGUUUCGAGGAGGCCAGCAAGAAGACCAGCGAAAGGGCAGCCACCAUGCUUCAGUUAGCAAAGGCGCCCAUUCUCAGCCGCCUCCUCCGCUUUCCCACCCCCCAUCACACAGCACUGAUAGUGAGGGCAGUGCCAUGAAGAACCUCAUGAACUACAGCUCCCAGCAACCCUUGCUGUUGCCACAGCGAAGCCCCUUUGGAGGUCUUGGCUGCCUCAACAAGGGUGGGGAUAGAUUAGAAAGGGUGGACAGAGGAGGAGGAGGAGCCAAAGGCAACACCUGCCAUCAAGAAACCCCCAAACAGCCUCUUCCCUCUCGCCGGGGCUCAACUAACGAGGGAGAAAAAACUGACAGAGGUGCAAAGGAGACAGGGGAGGCGGUAGAGGGGGAGGUUCGACAGCCUCCGGUGGGUAUUGCUGUCGCAGUGGCCAGGCCCCCUCAUCGUUCUCCAGACAGCGCUCCUGGAAACAGAAGACAGGGCAGAGUGCUGCCCAGCAUGAAAGGGGUGUCUCGCCCUCUUUAUCCUCUCGGUCGAGAGUUAGAGGAGAGGAAGAGGAUGACAGACGACCACAUCAGCCUUCAUCACACUGAGAGAGACAGAGAAAUGGUCAUCAGCAGGGAAAACAAGGACUGUGUGGAGUUCGCCCGGAUCCAUCCUUCUAGUAGCUGCCACAGUGAACUGACCUCUCACCUCCUGGUCCCUGGUGGAGCCAGCCAGCUGGGGGCGGACUCUGUUGCACAUGCUCACCCAGCUCACCACCACUGGAUGCAGCGAACAGGAAGCCCCUCCCUCUGGAUGGGCCAUUCUUAUGGUUUGAUGAGUCCAGGCUUCCCACCUGGUCUCACCAGCCCUUUGCCACCAGUUUUGGGAUCACUUGCCCAGGACCCUAACUCCCAACUUGUGGUUCUUCCUGCAGAACCUGGUCCUCAUCAUCACAUUGACGUUUUGGAGCAGUCAGCUUUGUGGCCUCCUGUGUACGGAGCAAGGGGCCCUCCUCCUCACCUGCAGCACCACACGGUCUACUCGCACACCCCCUUCUUGCAGCAACAGGAGCUGUACGCCCUGCAGCAGCAGCACCAGCAGCACCACCAGCAGCAGCAGCAGCAGCGAGCUGUGGAGCACAUGCAGAGGAUCCCCUUAGGAAAUAGGAAACACGAAGAUCACACCAUCACAAUAGAAGACUCUCCAAGGGAGUCUCCAACAUCGAGGACUCCCUCUUCCUCCUCUUCCUCUUCUUCUUCUUCCUCCCAUGCAGCCAAACCCUUCUCCCACCCCCCUCCACCGCACAAAACUUCCACCCCAUCUCCCGGUGUGUGUCCCAGCAGUCGCCAGUCCCCCUGCUACCACUCCCCCUCCACACGUCCCCAUCCACCCAAUCCUCUGACGCCCGCUCCAAGCCCUGCUGCAGCAGCUCCACGCUCUCCGGCCCUCAGCCCUGCGCCAUCAUACCUCUCCAAAGGCGGACUGGAACGGGGCAGCGACAGAGGAGAGGGGCAGCCGCCUCAGGACUACCCACAAUCCUUAGAGCCAGACUUGCCACCUGUUUAUACCUUCUCUCCCAUCGCCCUGGGUUACAAGGCCGGGCCUUCGCCUGCCGAAGCCCGGCUGGCUGAACAUCCUUCGGCAGAAGAUGAGCCAGCAGGGCCCGGAUCCAAGUCUCUCUCCCACCAAUGCCACGUCCAGCCUCUCACUGUGGAGGAGGAGAUGAGGCAAGAAGAGAAAGGGAUAGGCUGCGAAGUGGUGGAGUCCCGGGAGGAAACAAAAGAAUGCUCCAUCUCUGAGCCCGACAGCCAGAUUUCUGGAUUAUUGCCAUGCCCUUUCCAGUCUCCAGUUCCAGAUCCGGUUACAAAAGUGAAUCUUUCUCUUGGUUGCUCGGGCCAGAAGGUGGGCCUUGAGGAGUACCAGCUAUCCACAGAGGAGGAGGAUGAUGGGCAGCAUAGGAAUGUGGAUAUGGAGGAGGAUGGGUGUGUGGAGCAUGAACCAGCUGAAUGUACCGUCUCUGUGCCUGUGGAGCAUAAAAAUAAGGAGGAGGAGGAGUGUGAAGAUGGAGAGAAUGUAGAGGUGAUUGAGGAUAAGGAGGUGGACGAGGAUGGGAGUGGGAAAGGUCCUGAAGUAGAUUUGUGUACUUCUCCCGCUCUGUCCCCAUCUUCAUCCCCAACCCUUCCUCCGAAGGCGAGCACAGCGGCCCAGCUGGAAGGGGCUUACAUGUGGAGUUUGGAGCUGUUGAUUGCGGCGGCUUUGUGUGCCACCAGGGAUGCCUUGUAUCCUCCGGUACCUGUUGAUCAGGCACCGUGUCCUUCAUCUCACCAUGGUAUGGAAAUACUGGGCGAACUCGCAGAGCUGGAGAUCCAGCAAAGGAGCCGCGAGAACAGAGAACAAGACACUGAAGGUAAGGAAAUGCUGACCUUUGACCUUCAGAGUCUGGCUACAGUGGCGGCAGCUCGGGCACUGGAGAUGAGCGACAAGGCUGUGGAUGUGGAGGCUGACCAGCGUUGUCCAAUCAGGAAGAGACUCAACCUGCGGAGGAAGUGUAGCUGGAUGCCUCGGCAUGAGCCGGUGUGCCCAGUGAAGGGCUCCAUGGAGACGAUGGGAGGGGAGGAGCUGGCCAUGCGUGUCCAGCUGGCUGAGCUACAGCGCUGCUACAAAGAGAAACAGAGAGAGCUGGCCAAGCUACAGAGGAAACACGACCACCAGAAAGACGAGACGUCACGUAGCCCAGCUCGCCGGGGGCCCGGCCGCCCCCGCAAGCGCAGGUCCACCCCCGGCCCAGCUGCUGCAGAGAGCUCCAAAAGACUCAGGACUGGACUGAAUUUAUUGGAUAAGAGGAACAGAAAUGCAUUGUCCAACCACAACUUCAGCAGCCUGACCGUAGCACAGAUGAAAGCUCGCUGUAAGCACAGAAGUCGGCCCGGUGUCCUGAGCUCCAGGCUGGCCAAGCGGGUGACCCAGCUGAAGCAGAAGGCUGCAGCCCAGCGUGGAGCAGCAUCAGCAGGCGUGAUGCACAGCAGUGAGGAAGACCCCUCCAAAAGCCACUGCAGACAAGAAGGAAAAAACCUGCAGCAGGACCAGGCAGACGCUCAGAUCAUGAAGAGGAAGAGAGGUCGGAAGCCCAAAAUGGUGAUCAACUCCAACAGAAGCCAUCAGAAGGACAGCUGCACAUCUGACAAACAUGAAGCAAGGGAAGAGAGGCGUUGCAGCGAGACAUCAGAGCAUGAGGAAGAGGAGGUUGGCAGCUACGACAGCGAAGACGGAGCAGGUGACAUCAAGAUUAGCUCCAGAGAAGCUCCGGCAAGCUCUGCUGCAACAACGUCUUUUUCAUCUCAGUCCUCCAAGCUGCAAGCAAACCUGAAAGUCAGGAGUAAGAGACCAGGACUUCCUGGCCUGGGAAGCUCGCCCUGCAUCGAGCAAAGGGGAAUGCCCAAGAGGUCAAACCUCUCCAACAUGGAAAGGGGAAGACCAGACCACUUGGGGGCUAACAAAACUUUAAUACCCAGCUGGGGAGUCUCACCAGUGGGCUGCAGCUUUGGUGACAUCCCUGGAAACCACCGAGCUCUGACCGAGGCUAAAAAUAUUAACAAGGAGGAUGAAAGAAAGGCCUCUGUAGGACAGGGAUCACGUGGAAAGGAUCAGGGCCAUGCUGUGAGCCGGCUCCUGCAGAGCUUUGCGGCUGAUGAUGGAUUUCGUUUGGAUGAGGACAGCAGCUUCUCCGAGAGGGAUGAGGAAGAGGAUGAUGAGGAGGAGGAUGACGAAGGGGUGAAAGAGAAGUCACUGCCCCACCUUCCUCCCAACAUGCCUUGUAGAAUUCCUUCUCUGCCCAACUGUGUGCUGAGUAAAGAGAUGUUGGUAGAUGGGCUGAAGAUCCUGAUCUCCAAGGAGGAUGAGCUGCUCUAUGCGGCGUGCGUCCAAACGCUGGACCUGCCAGACAUAUUUAGUGUCGUCAUUGACGGUGAGCGAGGGAACCGUCCCAGGAUCUACUCACUGGAGCAGCUGCUACAAGAAGCUGUGUUGGAUGUGCGACCCCAGACUGAAGCCAUCCUGGCUGCAGGAACGAGAGUUUGUGCCUACUGGAGUGAGCGGUCUCGCUGUCUUUACCCGGGUUACGUUCAGCGCGGAGGUCCGAGUGAGGAGGAGAAGGAGGGGAGCGUAAUGGUGGAGUUUGAUGACGGAGACAGAGGCAGGAUCUCUCUUGUGAACAUCAGACUUUUACCUCCUGGAUACCAAAUCCGCUGUGCAGAGUCUUCUCCGGCUCUGUUGAUCUCUCCUGGUCGGCGAGGUCGGCGUGGCUCCACCAUUGAGAAGAAAGACACACCCACAGAGAAGCCAGCCAAUGAGGAGGGAGGAGGGAAGCCCCAGGAAAAAAGACCAGUUGGCAGACCGAAGAAAAUCUACUCUGUGCCAAAGACAGCCAGUGCGCCAACUUCAGUAACAGGCUCUGUAACCAAAAGCAACUCCCCAUUAAUGAAUUGGUCCGUUCCCAGGAAGAGACCGCCAGUUGACUUCUUCCUCUUCAACGGGAUGUCCCGUAAGGCCCAGAAGAAAAUUCGAGAGCGAGACUUUGGGUUGUUUCAUCGACCUGCCUUGCAUUCCUUAGUGUCACCGACCCCCAUUAAAAGCAUUUUUGGCACUCCUUUUGAGGUUGACUCAUUCAGUAGCAUCGCUAAUGGCUACUCCACCUUUGGACAUGGUAGGACCUCUGGAGCUGGGAGACCUGUUACCGCCACGCCUUCCUUGGGUCUCCGGGACUCAUCUUGCUCCUCAUCUGUCACCAUGGCAAUGGCAGCUGGGAGCCGUAAGCCUGUGAGCGAGCGUGACAGGAAACAUUUCUUAGUGAAGCUUGACCAUGAAGGAGUUACUUCUCCCAAAACAAAGAACAGCAAAGCUUUGCUUCGACUAGGAGGCGCUGGAGGGAGAGGGCUAAAAAGCCAUGCCUCCGCAGGGGCACCGCCACAUUACAUCCAGCCUUCCCUGCUUGGAAAAGAUGGCACAAAGGGGCCAGGAGGAGAAAGAGACAGUGCUGGAGCCCAGACCGAUGCUCUUCUAAAGGGCGUUCCCUCUCUGAGAAAAGAGAGUCUUAACUCUGCUGGUCUUGGAGUGAAAGGUGGAGACUACAGUUUGGACUACCCCAGUGACUGCCCCAGUUCCUACUCUGAGCUGGACGAAGACGAUGAUGAUGACGGCCAAGAAACCGAUGCAAGAAGAAGAAGAGCAGCCAUCACCUCCCAUCGUGGUGGUCGUUUUCUGUCUCGUCCCUCCAUGUCCUUCUCCUCGUCUUCUUCCUCAUCUUCCUCCUCAGGCUCAAUUUCCUCGUCAUCCCUCUGUUCCUCGGACAAUGACUCUUCCUACUCCUCUGAUGAGGAGUCGUCUGCUGUGCUGCUGCGACGAGCACUUCUCCAGCAGGACAAGCAGAAAAACAGGUCGAACAUUAACUCCAACCUCCCUGAUCCCACCACCUCCAACUCCACCUCUGUGCCAUCUAAUGGCUAUGUGACCAAAGCUAGCAUCGGCGUUGGAGGAUCAAAGGUGAGGACUGACAGAGCAGAAGCCAGGAAGGAGUACAUCUCCAAAGGAGCAAUGCUGGCUAACAGCAGCGCAGCUAAGACUCAACUGAAGAGGAAGGAAAGCCUUCCAAACAUCCACCAUCAAUGCCAAAGCAGUUCAGUGGGCCAGCAGCUGAAACCUGCCACCAAGGACCCAACAACAGCUAAAAAGCAGCGGAUGUCUUCACCUGAACCUCUUCCCAAAGUGGCUUCCCUGCUGGCUGGACGCCAGAUCUGGAAAUGGUCCGGCAACCCCACACAGAGGAGAGGUCUGAAGGGUAAAGCUCGUAAGCUUUUCUACAAGGCCAUCGUUCGGGGCAAGGAGACGGUGCGUGUUGGCGACUGUGCUGUGUUUCUGUCACCUGGGCGACCUCAGCUGCCCUAUGUGGGCAGAGUGGAGAGCCUCUGGGAGUCGUGGAGCUCCAGCAUGGUAGUGAGGGUCAAGUGGUUCUAUCACCCAGAGGAGACUCGCCUCGGGAAGCGACAUCGCGAUGGCAAGAAUGCCUUGUACCAGUCGAGCCAUGAGGAUGAGAAUGACGUGCAGACCAUCUCCCAUCGCUGUCAGGUGGUCAGUAAGGCAGAGUACGACCACCUGACGCGUGAACGCCAACCGGGCAGUACUUCCAACGACCUGUUCUACCUGGCUGGAACCUAUGAACCAACAACAGGCCAACUGAUCAGCGUGGAUGGCAUGGUCAUCAUGUCCUAGCACUGCUGGCUAGAGAGGAAUCCAAAUACUGACCUGAUCCCUGGACUUUUGUGAGAAUCCUAGAUCAGAGAGCUGCAAAGAGAAUCAAAUGAAUUAAACAAACCAAUAAUUUUGCCUUGGUGGAUGGAUUUGCUCCCCAUAAAAUGAUCUAGCCCCGUGGAUAAAGCCUUACAUUACUGGAACUUGUAGGAGAUGUGUUUGUUCUGAGAGAGAGGCUAGUCCACUCCAGGUUCAACCUUCACAGCAGAAGGGGACCAAGCGUUUCCAGCUGUUCCUGCAUUGUGAUUACUGCAUCUAAAGACACCAAGGACACAAGCACUUUGGAGAGUAUUCGCUUAUCUUGAAGGAAUGGCAACAUGCUUGACUUCCUGCAACAAAGAGAGCAGGAAAAACAAAUGGGAGAGACUUACUGUAAACCACACUGGUUUGGAUGGUUUUAAUGGUCUUAUACUGUUAGUCUGACUGGGACAAUGGGGUUGAGACAUCCCCAAUAGGACCAAUAAACACUGUAGUUUGGACUUAAAUGGAUAUAUGUGUGUUUGCAGAGUGAAUGUGGUGAAAUUUAAUGAGCUCUAUAUGAAUAGUGCUUUAAUGUGUGUGUGUGUGUGUGUAUGCGCGUGUGUGUGUGUGUGCGUGUUUGUACAGAAUGUGUGUGCGCUCAUCACGUUAGGACAUUGAUGUCAUGACUCAGCAUGUCUCAGACACACUCCUAUUAACCAAUCCAGUACUUAGCGUGUAGAUUUUAGCCAUUGCGACAAACGCAGAACAACAAUUUUUCUCCUUUUUAAGCCAUACACGUCAAUACCUCUCUCUCUCUCUCUCUCUCUCUCUCUCUCUCUCUCUCUCUCUCUCUUCUCUCUCUCUCUCUCUCUCUCUCUCUCUCUCUCUCUCUCUCUCUCUUUCUCUCUCUUCUCUCUCUCUCUCUCUCUCUCUCUCUCGUAUCCUUCUGUCCAGGUGCGAAGACACAUGUACAGACAGUGUGUGUGUGUGUGUGUGUGUGUGUGUGUGUGUGAGAGAGAGAGAGAGAGAGAGAGAGAGGGUGAGUGUGUGCUUGCACAGCUUUGUAUAUACUAUACAUAUCUAUUUGUUCCUGUUUCUUCUGCAGAGAUUAUUUUAUUUAGUGUUUUGCUUUUUAUAGGACAGGCGGGUGAGCUGUGGGCUUCUGUUUCCUUCUCUUGAUGCACUGAACAGGAUUUGAGGUUUGGUCAAACUCUGCGACUGAUGUGAUGAUUUUGGUUGUAGCUGUCACUCUAGGCAAACGCUGAAAAUGUGGGAAUGAUUUUUGGGACAUGUUUUAUAAAGGAAUCUGGGGAAACUGCUCUUUUUACUUGUGUCUAGGCAUUUAUUUUUCAUUCUUCCAUUUAGAAUGUGCAUUUCCUGAUUUUUUUUCUCAACAAAUACUGGAAAAGCAAGCUAGGUUUCCUCUGUUACUCCAUCCUAAAUGUUCUUUUUUGUCUGUUUUGCCUGUAUUCCUGUAGAAAAUGUAGAUAUUUAUCUGGAAGCAAAAAGAAACAUACCAAAGCACCUGUUAGUUUACGCUGAACCGCAUUAGAUUAAAAGCUUUUUUUUAGAUUAAAAAUGAUGAAAGACAUUCAAUCAAGUCUGAAUCCGGGACCCCUGCAAUCACAGAGGCGUUUGAUAGUGCUCCCCUUGUUGUCCGCGCCGUUGCUAUGACGGCCUCCGAGAGAUGUUACGGCGACAUUGUCUACACGCUGCCCAGCUGAUGCACUUGAGGUCUCUAUGGCAACCAGAACAGCAUCACGUGACUGUGAAGGACAAUCAGAGCCAAUCAAUGGGACAAUGCUGAGGGACGAAAAAUACAAGAUAAAAGGAUCAAAUCACGAAUUAUGCUUCUCGUCACUUUUAUCCAUGCUUUGCCAAAAAUGUCUGUGUUCAAUGUUUUUUUUUUAAUGUUCAUCACCAUCAUCUUCUUGUUUAUGCAAGCCUGAGAUGACUGUUUUUGUCAGUAAAUAGGAUGUACAGGAGAAAGAACAUGAAUGCCUUUUUGUUUCUUUUGUAAGACUUUGACUGACUCUUAACAGCGUUGUUGCUGUUACACUGCAAAAGCAAAAGCUUUAAAUGGAAUCUAAUGUGAAACUCAGUUUUGGAAUAUUACUUUUAUGGGUCUUUAAAUUAUUUUUUUGUAAAAAAAAAAAAAAAAAAAAGGAAAAAGCAGCUGUAUUUAAAAAAAACACUGGAUUCAGUUCUGAACAUCACAUUUCGACAGGGGUGACAUCAUUUUGUGUUUUUUAAGACCCACUGGAACCUGCUUUGUAUGGUUAAAAUAGCCUACUAAAAUAUGUUAUGUAAUUUCAGUCAUUCUUUGGAAAUAUGACUUAAAUAUUUCCUCGUGUACAAAAAGAAAAAGUAUUUAUCUUAAAUUUAUUGCCUUUUGUGUUUCAUUAAAAAAGGAUCUUAUGAAAUAAAGCA